GGUGAGGGUUUCUGGGGCUAGGCCGGGGGGCUCGGAGCCAGCCCUGCGGCGUCCCCCUCCCCACCACGCUCCUCAGCCCAGCUGCGCGCUGUCGGGGCGUCUGGCACGGCUGAGGGAGCGGUUCAGCGAACUCGCUCCCUAGCUCGCUCCCUCCCUCCGUCCCCGGCUCGCCUGGGAAGCCCUGCGCUUUGCGCAGCCGCUGGGCCGGGAAGCUCUCGCACUUGGCUUUAAAAGAAGUUUUCUCCCUGUUCCUGCCGUUUUACCAUAUUGCUUUUGUUAAAGAUUUUUGUUUUUCUUUGCCUCUCCCCUGCUCCAAGCACACUUAAGUCUGCAACUUUCGCCUGUCCCGUUGAUCGACCUUUGCGGUUGCCUUUGCAAACGGACACCUGUGCAGAUUACUUUUUUUGAGUGUCUAUAUUUUUUAACUUGAAGUUUUAAAUUUUAAAGAGCAAAGCUCUUUAUAAAAGCAUAGCAUGUAAAAUUUAAAGAACAUGGCUGUUUCGAAAGGCGUUACUCUUCUGUGAUGCAGUUAAUACUGGGCACAGAGGAUGCUAGUAUUUUAAAGCACUUUAUAUAGAUUUUAUUUUCUCUCUAAUUGUGUUCUUGUAAUGGUUUUUAGGCUAAAUAUAAUCUCUGUGUUUACUUGUAACCCUGAAACAUAAAUUGGCGUUUUUCUGAUAUCCUGAAGCAGAUGCGUUGUUUCUAUGUAUCUUGUCAUCUGUGAGGUUUUCAUAUUUUUGAUCUGAGGACUUUGUCUCAGAUAGAUGUGCAUCUGUAUCAAUACUUGUGUGGGCAUUGGGGACCGAAAUAGUAAAGCAGUCCCUCAUUUCAAGAAGCUCAAUAAAGGAAACGAAUAAUGCAAAGAUAACCUUCUGUUCAAUGAUGAAAUUAUCACCAACGGCUUUCAUUCCUGUGAAAGUGAUGAGGAUGACAGAGCCUCACAUGCAAGCUCUAGUGACUGGACUCCAAGGCCACGGAUAGGUCCAUAUACUUUUGUUCAGCAACAUCUCAUGAUUGGCACAGACCCUCGAACAAUUCUUAAAGAUUUACUACCAGAAACAGUUCCUCCACCUGAAUUGGAUGAUAUGACAUUGUGGCAGAUUGUUAUUAAUAUCCUUUCAGAACCACCAAAAAGGAAAAAAAGAAAAGAUAUUAAUACGAUUGAAGAUGCUGUGAAAUUACUGCAAGAGUGCAAAAAAAUAAUAGUUCUUACUGGAGCUGGGGUGUCUGUUUCCUGUGGAAUACCUGACUUCAGGUCAAGAGAUGGUAUUUAUGCACGCCUUGCAGUAGACUUCCCAGACCUUCCAGAUCCUCAAGCAAUGUUUGAUAUUGAAUAUUUUAGAAAGGAUCCAAGACCAUUCUUCAAGUUUGCAAAGGAAAUAUAUCCUGGACAGUUCCAACCAUCUCUCUGUCACAAGUUCAUAGCCUUGUCAGACAAGGAAGGAAAACUACUUCGCAACUAUACGCAGAACAUAGAUACACUGGAACAGGUUGCAGGAAUCCAAAGGAUAAUUCAGUGUCAUGGUUCCUUUGCAACAGCAUCUUGCCUGAUUUGUAAAUACAAAGUUGACUGUGAAGCUGUAAGAGGAGAUAUUUUUAAUCAGGUGGUUCCUCGAUGUCCAAGGUGCCCAAAUGAUGAACCACUUGCUAUCAUGAAACCAGAGAUUGUCUUUUUUGGCGAAAAUUUACCAGAACAGUUUCACAGAGCCAUGAAGUAUGACAAAGAUGAAGUGGAUCUCCUCAUUGUUAUUGGGUCUUCCCUGAAAGUACGACCAGUAGCACUAAUUCCAAGUUCCAUACCCCAUGAAGUGCCUCAGAUAUUAAUUAAUAGGGAACCUUUGCCUCAUCUGCAUUUUGAUGUGGAGCUUCUUGGAGACUGCGAUGUCAUAAUUAAUGAAUUAUGUCAUAGGUUAGGUGGUGAAUAUGCCAAACUUUGCUGCAACCCUGUAAAGCUUUCAGAAAUUACUGAAAAACCUCCAAGAACACAAAAAGAGUUGGCUCAUUUGUCCGAGUUGCCACCCACACCUCUUAAUAUUUCAGAAGACUCUAGUUCACCAGAAAGAACUUCACCAAAUUCUUCAGUGACUGUCAAACUUUUAGAUCAACCAACCAAGAAUAAAGUUGACAGUUCAGAUAUAUUGGAGUCAAAGGGUUGUACUGAAGAAAAAUUGCAGGAAAUACAGGCUUCUACUAGGAAUGUUGAAAAUAUUACUGAACAGUUGGAGAGUCCAGAUUUGAAGAAUGUUGGCUCCAUUACUGGGGAGAAAAAUGAAAGAACUUCAGUUGCUGAAACAGUGAGAAAGUGCUGGCCUACUAGACUUGCAAAGGAGCAGAUUAGUAAGCGGCUUGAUGGUAAUCAAUAUCUGUUUUUACCACCAAAUCGUUAUAUCUUCCAUGGCGCUGAGGUAUAUUCAGACUCUGAAGAUGAUGUCUUAUCCUCUAGUUCUUGUGGCAGUAACAGUGAUAGUGGAACUUGCCACAGUCCAAGUUUAGAAGAACACAUGGAGGAUGAAAGUGAGAUUGAAGAAUUCUACAAUGGGUUGGAGGAUGAUGCUGAUGUUCCAGCGAGAGCCGAUAGAGGUGAUCAAGAGGCAGUUAAUACAGCUAUAUCUGUGAAGCAGGAAGCAGUGGACAUUAAUUAUCCUUCAAACAAAUCAUAAUGUAAUAAUUGUCCAGGUACAGGAAUUGUUCCACCAGCAUUAGGAACUUUAUAGCAUGUCAAGAUGAAUGUUUACUUGUGAACUCAGUAGAGCAAGGAAGCCAGAAAGGUGUAAUAUUAAUUAAUAGACUGGUAAAAUAGAUGGAUACUUUUUAACUUCAUUAUUUCUGUACUUGUACAUGCAACACUAACUUUUUUUUUAAAGAAAGGUACUAAGUAUCUUUACUCUGUAUGAUACAUCCAUAUGUAUAUACAAUUUUGUUUUUUGCUUAGGGAGUGAAUUUCAACAUUUUAAGUUUUCAGAAAGCCAUUGGAAUGUUAAAUUAAUGUAAAGGGAACAGCUUAUCUAGACCAAAGAAUGGUAUUUUCACACUUUUCUUUGUAACAUUGAAUGUUUUGAAAUCCUCAAAUCUGUUCUGCUAAACUUUUGAUUCUUUAGCACAAUUAGCUAUUUUUAAGCACUGGCAUUUUCCAAAACUUGUGGCAGCUAACUUUUUAAAAAUCUCAAAUGACAGGCAAUGUGAGUAGAAGGGAGUCUGCAAUAAGUGGAAGAGCACUCAGUUGUCUUUGCUUUUUUAAGUUAAGACUUGGUGCUAAAAGUUUCAGUAAUUACAGUGUUCAAAUGAAGGUGGCUUUUGUACUUUUUGUGGGCAUGUAGUAAUGUCUAAAUUGGCUCAUAAAACUAACCUGAAAAACAAAUAAAUGCUUUGGAAAUGUUUCAGUUUGCUUUAGAAAACAUAGUGCCUGCCUGGAUCCCCUUAGUUUUGAGAAUACCUGCCAUUGUUUAAAUACCCAUUACUGUGGUAGAGCUUGCAUUGGUCCUUUUCCACAAGUAUUAAACUCCCAAGAUGUGAAUAUGCAAAGCCUUUCUGAAUAUUAUAAUAAUGGUACUUCUACUGGGGAGAGUGUAAUAAUAUUUUGGACUGCUGUUUUUCUUUUACAUUAAUGAGAAGAGCAGCAGCCCCCUGAUUAUAAUUCCAAAGUAAUAAGAUGUUAAUUAUAACUCAGCCUUGAAAGUACAUGUCUCCUGUCAGGAGGAUUUGGUAUAAUAAACUGCUAGUGUAGUAUUGUGAAGAUGAACAUGAUAUAACUUGUAAUACCAAAACAGUUAAUGAACGUAAUGAGUUCCUAUGAAAUAGCUUAUUUGAAAGUUUAGCCUGCCUUAAAACUAGAGUUCAGUUUUCUCAACUGCAGAAGCUUCUGUCUAGCCUUUUUUUUUAAAGUUCAUACAUGAUAAAAUUGCACAGUAAGCAUUUAUUUUUCCGGACCUUUCUCCAGCAUAAUCCACAAAUUAUAGAGUAUUCAUAUAUUGUCUAAGUAUUUAUUACAGAUUUUCAAUGGGAUUUGAAACACAGCUGUUCUUUAAGCAUGAAAUGCCCAGCGGGGACCAUUACUGCCAGAGUAAAGAGUUAUAUUGAAUGGCCAUUUCCCUACCUAAAAGAUAUUUCAUAUCUGAACUUACUUGGCUACACUAAAGAAUGCAGUAUAUUUACUUUCCAUUUGCAUGAUGUGUUUGUGCUAUAGAUGAUAUUUUAAAUUGAAAAUUUUGUUUUAAAUUAUUUUUACAGUGAAGACUGUUUUCAGCUCUUUUUAUAUUGUACAUAGUCUUUUAUGUAAUCUACUGGCAUAUGUUUUGUAGACUGUUUAAUGACUGGAUAUCUUCCUCCAACUUUUGAAAUAUAAAACCAGUGUUUUAUACUUGUACAAUGUUUUGAAGUCUAUUAAACUUGUC